AAUCUCAAACAAUUAACAGUGCUUAAUAUUUGAAAAAUAUUUUCAUGAUUUUAUUAUAUAAUAUAAUAUAUGUUUUAAUCGGUGAUUUUUCAACAAAUCAACAUAUAAUUGUGUUAUUAAAUAUUAUUUAGUAUGACAUUUGCUGCAAGAAGAUUUCUUAAUGUUUCCGCGAGAAUUUUUCAAGACAAAGUACGUAAAGCAUAUACUCACCGUUGGAAGUCGUACGUGAUAAAUCACCACUGCCACGACGUGCUGAUCAUCGGGGCUGGUGGUGGGGGGCUCCGGGUGGCUGUUGGCUUGGCUGAGCAGCAGUUCUCCGUUGCCCUGGUCUCCAAAAUCUUCCCCACCCGGUCCCAUACCAUCGCGGCGCAGGGUGGCUUAAAUGCUGCUAUAGGUAGCAUGCAUGAAGACAAAUGGCAGUGGCACUUUUACGACACCGUGAAAGGUUCAGACUGGCUCGGAGAUCAGGACUCGAUACACUAUUUGACUCGGGAAGCUCCGUCCGUAGCGUUUGAACUGGAGAACAUGGGUAUGCCGUUCUCGAGGACCCAAGAUGGUAAGAUCUACCAGCGAUCGUUCGGCGGCGCGACCACUCACAACGGCACGAAAUCGGCGGCUAAAAGGACUUGCUGUGUAGCUGACCGUACGGGUCACUCGCUCCUGCAUACUCUAUACGGAUAUAGCACUAAGUACAAACAAGUGGAACACUUCAUAGAAUUCUUCGUGUUGGAUCUUCUGGUGCAGGACGGCGAGGUGGUUGGUGCUGUUGCUAUUGACAUGGACGACAGCAGUCUGCACAGAUUCCAGGCAAAGAACACAGUGAUAGCCACAGGCGGUUAUUCGAGAAUGUAUUUCUCUUGCACUGCAGCGCACACAUCGACAGGCGACGGAUGCGCAAUGGCCACCCGGGCGGGCAUCGCGCUGCAAGACAUGGAGUUCAUACAAUUCCAUCCAACUGGUAUGUACGGAUCUGGGUGCUUGAUGUCAGAAGGCUGUCGAGGGGAAGGAGGAUACUUGAUUAACAGCGAAGGCGUUCGGUUCAUGGAGAAAUAUGCACCGAAAGCCAAAGAUCUGGCUAGUCGAGACGUCGUUUCCAGGUCUAUAGCUACGGAAAUUCGCCAAGGUCGAGGAGUUGGUCCGAAAAAAGACCAUAUGUAUCUACAACUGCAUCAUUUGAAACCUGAAAUCAUCAGAGAUAGAUUACCUGGCAUUGCGGAGACUGCGCACACGUUCACUGGCGUCGAUGUGUUCACUCAGCCUGUGCCAAUCAUACCCACCGUUCACUACACUAUGGGAGGGAUACCUAUCAAUUACAAAGGCGAGGUGUUAGUCCACCAGAAUGGCCGUGACUGCACGGUCAAGGGUCUGCACGCUGUCGGAGAGGCGGUGAGCAACUGUCACGGUGCCAAUCGGCUCGGUGCCAACUCCAUUCUGGAUAUUGUUGUUUUUGGCAGGGCUAUAGCGAACAAUAUCAGCAAGUUGUUCAAGCCAGGGGAGAAACAGCCGAUUUUGAAGGACGAUAUAUGCGAUGCAUCAUUAGAUAAUUUAGAAAAAAUCCGCAAUAGUAAUGGAUGCGCGCCAACUGCUGAGUUAAGAGAAGCGAUGCGAAACACCAUGCAAACUAAGUGCGGUGUCUUCAGAGAAGCCAAACUUUUAGAGGAAGGCGAAAAAGAAAUCCAGCAAUGGUUCAAAACCUUCGAUCAGAUUCGAGUCACAGAUCGGCGUCUAAACUGGAACAGCGAUCUUAUUGAAACUCUAGAGUUGCAAAACAUGCUGCAAAUGGCAGUUCAGGUCGUCGCUGCAGCAAAGAAUAGAACUGAGAGUAGAGGAGCGCAUUUUAGAGACGACUUUCCUAAAAGAGAAGAUGAAAUGGACUAUAGCAAACCCACAAAAGAUCAGACCAAAAAACCCUUAAAUAAACACUGGAGGAAGCACUCUCUGACCACAGUGGAUCUUUGUACCGGACAAGUUAUAAUCAAUUACCGUCCGGUCAUCGAUGCAACUCUUGAUGACGAGGUUCAGUCAAUUCCACCAGCGCCCAGGGUCUAUUGAAUUCGUUUAUUGCCACUGCACCACAUUACCUACAGCUCUA